UAAAACCUAAUGAGUAUAACAAACAGUGGUUAUAGGAGUAUCACUGGGACAUCGUGGUGAUAUGGAUGACUUGAUUACUAUCAUUUUCCUCAGGGCAUGUGAUGCUCUGUCAGUGUGGAGGGGCGUGUGUUGUGGGCGUGGUAUUUCGGGGAGUGUCUGUAGUCGGCCAAUCAGAGUUAAGACAUGAGGUGUGUGGGCGGUGCCGUUCUCGCCUACGGUAUCCUGUCCCAGCUGUAGCACGCUUUUGUUCAAAUUGGCAGUCGGGCUUUUACAUCACUGCUCUUUGACAUAAGGUUACUUACCACAUGCUCUUAUAAAGACUUGGAGCAACAGUAUGGGCCAUACUGUACGGCUACUGCUGUUCAAAGAGUUCGGCUCGAUGUCCUUUUCAGCUUCAGUGCCAGUUUUGGAUACUAAACUAGUUUUUGUUGCACUUGUGUGAAAUUGUUCAGCAAGGUGUCCCGAGCUAAGGACGGGGGCACGGAUUCCGUUGAACCAGUUCUGUGGCGGUUUUGUUGGAGUAUGACUGUUGCCACGUACGGUUACUAGACAUUUGCUUGGACAGUGAUGAGAGAGUAAGCUUAUGCUGCCCUUCGUCCUCCUCAAUGGAUAUCUAUGGAAAGGGUGCAGCUUUUGGAGUUACUUGUGUCUGAGACUGAAUGUUGAAUUCACCGACCUAGGUAGCAGAAGACGACUCACUUAUUUGAAUGCCUUUGCAAGGAGUUUGCUGGUUUCUGUGCUGCAGGCAGGGCUUCAGUUUGCUCGGACGGGACUAUGGGGAGAAAGAGGAGGAAGAGUCUUUUGAAUUGCGCAACAAGGAGGACUUGACUCCCAAUGGACGGAGUCCAGCUGAGGUGAUGGUUUCUCAACCAACACGCACAGCUAAUGGAACAAACAGGCACACUCUCUCCGAAGCAUCUGAAGAGAUGAAGAGCCUGAUCAUUGAGAAGAAUAAGAUGGGCUUGGAGGAAGAGCCUGAGCUGCUGGUCAAAGGAUGGCUGUUGCGGGAGGUGCGAGGAAACUGGAUUAAGCAGCGUCGGUACUGGUUUGUGCUGAGCCAGGACUCCCUCGACUACUAUAGCGGACCGGAGAAAGGAGCCCGCAGACUGGGAACACUGGUCCUCACAAACCUCUGCUCUGUCAUCUGGCCAGACAAACAGACCUACAAGGAAACAGGCUACUGGAGCAUCACAGUAUAUGGGCGGAAGCACUGCUACAAGCUGUACACCAAGCACUUCAAUGAGGCGGUGCACUGGGCGUGUGCCAUCCAGAAAAUCAUUGAUACCAAAGCCCCAGUGGAAACACCAACACAGCUCCUGAUCCGAGACAUUGAGGAAAAUAAGUUCAACCCUGAGAUAGUGGAACACAUCUACCAGCACAAUCCCAUCCUAAAGUACACCCAGGGCCCCCUGUACGCCCCUCUGCUGCCCUUCCCCUAUGGCAGCCUGGAGCACACAUACCACAGCGGGAAAGGGUACGGCUCAGUGCGUGAAGAGGCUGUGAAGCUCUUCAACUGUCUGCAGCAACUGGAGUCGACACGUGAGCCAAUUCCAAUCAUCCAGGGCGUGCUACAGACCUGCCUGGACCUGAGGCCACUCCGCGAUGAGGUCUACUGCCAGCUAGUGAAGCAGACAAGCUACACGCCUGACCCGUACAGUGCCGCGCACCUACGCUACUGGCAGCUCCUCACUUGUAUGAGCUGCACCUUCCUGCCUGGGCCCACUGUGCUCAAGUACCUGCGAUUCCACCUCAAGAGGAUACAGAGCCAAAGCCCUGAGUCUGAGAUGGAUAAUUAUGCGUCAUUCAUCAGUGAGGCUCUGGAGAAGACCAAGUGUCGGGAGUGCGUACCCUCAUGGGAGGAGAUCCAGAUGCUGAUGAGCCGACAGGAGAUGCUUUGUACUGUGCACUAUCCUGGCCCAGGAUCCUGCCAGCUCUACAUUAGUUCACACACUACUGCCAAUGAGGUGGUUCAAAGGAUGCAGGAGAAGCUCGGCCUGCAAGAGAGCAAAAACACAUUUGCACUGUAUGAGCAGAAUGCACUGUGGGAGCAGCCGGUUGCAGGCAGCGCUCUGAUCGCAGACAUCCUGACCAGGUUUGAAAAUUUCUCCACCAAAGAGUCCGAGUCCAAAACCCAGUGGAAACUGUGUUUCAAACUCUACUGCCUGUUGGAUGCUGACAGCAUAUCAGCCAACAGCAUUGAAUAUCUCUUCCUCUUUGAGCAGUGCCAUGAGAUGGUGGUGCGUGGCCAGCUGCCAGCCUGUGAAGAGGACCUGCAAGCCUUAGCUGCCCUGAGGCUUCAGUGUCUGAUGGGUGACUUCAGCACACACGCUCCUUGCCCGCCACUGGACGAACUUUUUCCGGGUCACAUGCUAGAAGCUCGGGUCCUCAUGUCCCUUUCUGCCCAGCAAGCCUUGCCUCCUUGUCAGGUGGCAGCUCAAGGCUGCCCUGCAACGCAGCGCUUCCCCACAGGCCUCCUGGCAGGGACACUAUGGAGCCACACAGCCACCGCAGUGCACAAGCAAAGGGUGGAGCAGGACAUGCGUUUGCGAAGCUGUUUGAAGGAGGAGGCAGCGGCUGUGAUGGGCUCCAUUUUGGAGCGUUGGAAAGGUCUGGCUGGCUACAGCACAAUGGACAGUAUGGCCGCCUACCUCACAAUUGCACGCCAGUGGUCAGGCUUUGGAUGCACUCUUUAUGAAGUGGACUUCUAUAUUAGUUCAACAGGGAGUUUUUCCCAGAAGCUGUGGCUGGGUGUAGCUGCUACAUCCGUGUCUCUGUACCGGCAGGGAGAAGCAGAGGCCCUGGAGUACUUUCCCUAUGGCCAGAUCUGCUCUUACGGCAUAUCUGACAGCAACACCUUCAAGAUCACAGCUGGGGACCGAGAUCUGCUAUUUGAAACCACCAAGCUGACUGAGAUCAUGCAGCAGAUGAAUGCGUAUUUCAGUGCCAUCCGUCACCAGCGAGGGAAAGGGGAAGAUGCAAACAUUACAAUCGCAGAAAGCACAGAGGUGGGCUUCCACCACCUGGGCUCAACACCCACCCUCCUGGAGCUGCCGUCGCACCCCGUUUGAGAGAGACCCAUACCUGGACACCCCCAGGCCCCACUAUCCUCCUCCACAUGAGGCCAAGCCCCAGUCUUUAGGACCUUGUGCCUUCUCCGCUUGGGAACAGCACAGCAGCCAAAACAAAGAGAAGACUGUUUUCGCUCCCUAUCUGUGAAAAUAAACCCUCACUGAGCUUUCCAUCUGAAAGAGCUGGGCAAUGGAGGGGGCGCGGAGGGGACGGGAAGGUAAGGGGUUCUGUUGUCCAAGUAAGGCCAGAAACCCACAGAAGCCAAUGUGGCUGCCGAUGAGGUGUCACACACUCUUCACUCCAUCCUGUCACGCAGCCACCUCUAUUACCCUAUGUGGCAACACCCCACCCCCUCAACAAUGUGAGACAUUGGUUUGCUAGACCAGAGAGAGAGAGAGAUGGUAUCACAAGAGUUAAACUUAUGGCAACAAUAAGCUGUGGCACUCCCCUCAUGAUGGGGAAACACUACUCUCUCGUCUUUCUCUCUCUUGUAUUGUGCCACAUUUGUAUUGCCUUUCCUAGAAGGCAGUCAUCAAUCUACACUGCUGGAACAGUGUGGAGAACAUUCACUGACAAACACACACCCUCCCUGUCUGGCUGUGUCACACACACACAGACUCACGCUCUCACGUGCCCUUAUGCUGACAUGCUCAUCUGAGACGGUCAGUUUUUUGCAAGGUCCUGGCCGAGUUUGCAUUACCUGGAACUGUUGAUGCAGCGAGUCAAGUGAGCUUGGAACUGGAAGCAGAUGAUGAACUCACUAGCUAAGUCACUUUGGCUACCACAGCCAUAUAAACUCUUAUUUAUGGGAUUAUCAGUUGCGUGUGCAUGACUACAGAAUGUGUGUCUGUUUGAUUAAGAAACCAUUUCCUGGAUGACACAUUUAGGAUCUGGGUUAAUUGUGUUUCACAGAAACCAAAGGUUUGUAUGUUGUCUCCAUCAAAUGCUCUGAUUUGUCCUUUGCUGAGCUGCUUGUCUUGGCUGUAAUCCUCGACAUGAAACUUGGUUAACACUGAUAAUUUAGCUUAUAUCAGUUACUAUCUUUAUGCAGCACUACUCUGCUGAAAAUAAGAGGUGCUUCACUGUUAUUUUUAGUGUCUUUUGGAAGUUGAACUUAAAGUACACCACAGUUCAGUAAUAUGGAUCAUUUAAGAAAUGACACCACAUUUACCACACCUGUCCUGUUAUUUAAGCAGAAACCUUUCUAAUCAGGCCAUUGAUGCUUUUGUAGUAUUUAUGUCAGUUUUUUUUUUUUUUUUUCAUUACCUUUCCUUUAUCUUAAAUUCAGACCCAGGUGUGCUUUGAUAUUGGGUUUGCUUUAACUGAUGUGAGCCAUGAAUGUUUCUGGUUCUGGGGCCUAUUUCAAGAAGGUGGUUUAACAAACUCAGAGUUCAAACCUGAACUGGAAUUUGUG